CGUGAGAAGUGUCCCAAGUGCGGCGCGGCACACACCCCCUUUCCUCGGGGCAGUGCCGGAGGCGCUUGUCACGUUCCCUCCUUCUCUUGUACUGCUGAAACGUGAUUCCUCCGUAAGGAAAACAUUUAGUGCGUGUUACCUCCACCCUUAGGCAUAUCUUCUCAGCGAAGGGUUUAUUCCUGGAAUACGUCUUCCCUAACCAAAAAUAUCGUUAUAGUGCGUUGUCCCAAAGAUAUACAACCUCUUAGGGUUUGUGCUUGGUGUCUUCUGCGCCAGCAAUAAAUUGUUUGAGUUGGAAGUUAUGGUGAUAAAAGUCAUUGCUCUUUUUGCAAUAAGACAAACUUGGGUGAAUUGAGAGUGAGCAGCGUCUUUGCGAGGAUGGGUUAGCGAUGGGAAUAUGAUGGAUGGGAAAUAGCUCAAGUGGUCCCUUGCAUCCUUCCGAGAAAAAAGUUUGGAACUGUUCUUUGUCAAAACAAAAUAUUUCUGCUGAACUGCCCACCCUUAUCAUUUCAGGGUGUUGCCCACAUACAGACAAAAUGUAGAACAAAUUACCCCUAUCUCUCACUUGUGUGGAUUCCCCCACCCAAAAUGAGAAGGGCAGGUUUGGCGUGGGGUUUGUGUUGUAUUCUCUUACUUUUCCUAAAGUUGAUGAUGGAAGUGGGAAUGAGGGAAGUUCUUCCUUGUGUUUACACUGCAAUAUACUGAAUAAAAAGAGCUACAGAGAUGUAAAGGCAUAGCACCAUAUGACCCUGGUGUCUGCUAGAGGGAUAAUGGACUGUUUUACAUCGUCGUGCUUCAGUUUGUUACGAAUAUCAAGGCUCUAGUGGAAUGAGGGAUUUUGGGUCUUGUUCCCGUUGUGAAGAACCUGUUGUGAUCUUCAGGGACCUGGCAAGUCGUAGCCUGUUAGAUUAUUUUGUUUCUUUUUGUGUUCUGCUGUUAAAGUUCGAUAGCCUUAUAGAAGCAACUGGAAUGAAUGAGUCUACCAGGACUAUUACUGUAGUGAUAAAAGAGAGUACAGGACCUGCUUUUAGAGAUGGAGCAUCACCAGAGGCAGAGAAACAGUCAUCAAAAGGGAGAGGGAAACAUCCAGGUGACAAGGAGAUUUGGGUACAGAGAUUAUAAGUACAUUAGGAAGAAGAUGACAGCAACAUAGCUAAGCAUGACUAUGGAAACAACAGACAAGGAUAUCAAAAAUUAGGAAAGAAACACUGGAAGAAAGAGUUCAGGAAACAGGAAGAGAAGAAGGAAGACCAGGACCCAGUAACUGAAAAGGACAGGGGAAGAAAAUGGAACAGUAUGGAACAAAGUUACCUGAAGGAGUUUCGCACGGAGCAGUGCCCUCUCUUUGUGCAGCACAAGUGCACUCAGCACCGGCCCUACACUUGCUUCCACUGGCACUUUGUCAACCAGCGUCGUCGCAGAUCUAUCCGCCGUCGGGACGGUACAUUUAACUACAGCCCUGACAUCUACUGUACCAAGUACGAUGAGACCACAGGAAUCUGCCCAGAAGGAGAUGAGUGUCCAUUCUUGCACAGAACUACUGGGGACACGGAGAGGAGAUAUCACUUGCGCUACUACAAAACUGGAAUCUGCAUCCAUGAGACGGACUCCAAGGGAAACUGCACGAAGAAUGGAGUCCACUGCGCCUUUGCUCACGGGCCCCAUGACCUACGCUCUCCGGUUUAUGAUAUCAGGGAGCUUCAGGCCAUGGAAGCUUUGCAGAAUGGUCAGACUACAUCAGAAGGUGGCAUAGAGGGCCAGUCUGCAGUCGCUGCUAGCCAUGCAAUGAUAGAGAAAAUACUCAGCGAGGAGCCAAGGUGGCAAGAUACAACAUACGUGUUGGGAAAUUACAAGACAGAGCAAUGUAAGAAACCCCCUCGUCUCUGUCGCCAGGGUUAUGCCUGUCCCUACUACCACAAUAGCAAAGAUAGAAGAAGAAGCCCAAGGAAACACAAAUACAGAUCUUCGCCAUGUCCCAGUGUGAAACAUGGAGAUGAGUGGGGAGAUCCCAGUAAGUGUGAGAACGGAGACUCAUGCCAAUACUGCCACACUCGCACAGAACAGCAAUUCCACCCAGAGAUCUACAAAUCCACCAAGUGCAAUGAUAUGCAGCAGUCUGGCAGCUGUCCCCGAGGACCCUUCUGUGCCUUUGCACAUGUAGAACAGCCUCCUCUCAAUGAAGACUUACAGCAAUCCUCGGCUGUGUCCAGCCCAACACAGACAGGUCCUGUGAUGUAUAUGCCAUCGGCAGCUGGUGAUUCUGUUCCAGUCAGCCCUUCCAGUCCGCAUGCCCCAGACCUGAGCAAUGUGUGGAAUAAAACAGGAACUCUGCCAACUAGCCCCACCUCCACCACAAUUCUUUGUAGGAACAGCAGUCUCGGAAGCCCAUCUAAUAUAUGUGGGUCUCCUCCUGGCGCCAUUGGAAAACCACACAGCUUGGAGAGCAUUGGUUUUCCUCCAGACUCAGUAACAGCAGCCGGCAGCUACAAGAAAGCACCUGGGUUUGAGCGAGAAGAUCAGGUGGGGGCCGAGUAUUUGAAGAGUUUCAAAUGCCAGCAAGCGAAAAUGAAAUCCCAUUCACUGGAACACAGGAGCCAGGAGCAACCUUUGUUACAGCCCAAACAGGACAUAUUGGGGAUUCUCCCAGUGGGGAGCCCACUGACAUCCAGCAUCUCCUCCAGUAUCACCUCCAGUCUGGCUGCAACACCACCAAGCCCUGCUGGCACCAGCAGCAUACCAGGCAUGAAUGCCAAUGCCCUUCCUUUCUACCCGACCAGUGACACCGUUGAGUCUGUCAUAGAGUCUGCCUUGGAUGACCUGGACCUGAAUGAAUUCGGAGUGGCUGCCCUGGAGAAGACAUUUGACAGCAGCACAGUGCCCCACACAAGUGGCAUCAUGAUAGGUGGGAGUUUGCUGCAAAGUUCUGCUCCUGUAAAUAUCCCCGGGUCCCUUGGAAGCUCUGCCUCCUUUCACUCUGCCUCUCCUUCUCCACCGGUCAGCCUCUCAUCGCAUUUUCUCCAUCAGCCCCAGGGACACUUAAGCCAAUCAGAAAACACUUUCCUGGGGACAUCAGCUUCUCAUGGAUCAUUAGGUUUAAAUGGGAUGAACAGCAGCAUAUGGGAACACUUUGCUUCGGGGAGUUUUUCGCCCAGUACCUCACCUGCAUUUCUGUCAGGUCCAGGUGCUGCGGAGCUGGCACGGCUACGACAAGAACUGGAUGAAGCCAACAGCACAAUAAAGCAGUGGGAAGAGUCUUGGAAACAAGCCAAACAGGCCUGUGAUGCUUGGAAAAAGGAGGCAGAGGAAGCAAAUGAUCGCGCCAACACAGCUAACAUGGAAUGCGAACUGGCCCGGGAGCAGAGGGAAGCCUUGGAGCUGCAAGUGAAGAAACUGCAGGAGGAGCUGGAGAGGAUCCAUGCAGGCCAGGACCCUCAAUUUCUGCGCUCUUUCUCUGACCUGGAAACUCUCUCGCUCUCUUCACUUUAUACACUUCAGAAACAGCUGCGGGCAAACUUGGAGAAAGUUGAUAAGGCGGUAUUUCAGAUGCAGUCAAUGAAAUGCCUUAAGUGUCAGGAAGAGAACCGGGUGGUGUUACCGUGCCAACAUGCUGUGCUGUGUGAAACGUGCGCCGAGGAGGGCGAGUGCCCCAUCUGCCAUCCCAACAGGCCCCAUUCUCUCCAGUCGUGACCUUCCAAGGACACUUGGUCUAAUCAUAUCGUAUAGAACUUUUUAACUUUAUACAUACGUACAUAUAUAUGUAUGUGUACAUAUAUAUAUGUAUGUGUAUAUAUAUGUGUAUAUGAGUGUGUGUAUGUGCAUGUUUGUGUAUGUAUAUAUGCGCACACACACACGCACAUACACACAUAAAACAAAUUAGUUGCAGAGCACUUUUUAAUAUUUUACAACCCGCAUCUAAACUGCCCCUCACCUGUGCCCCACUAAUUCUAACUCUUGAGGAACUUUGAGAGCUGUUUUUAAUACAGAUCAAAGGGCCGUUUGCAAAGAGUCUGUGUUUUUCCUCUUUUCUAUUUAGGUGAUAACAAAUUUUUGACUAUUUCCAGAAGGAUUUUGAGUGGGCAAGAGGGGCUUCCAUGUGCUUUCCAGAGGAAGAGUUGAGAUCACAGGGAGGAAUGAGGUGGAUUGAAGUGACUUGUUCAUGUCUUCAGUCUCCUUGCUCUUUCACCGACCCAGCUUGGUUAAAGCUGUCCUCUCUGAUGGAAGCCCCACUGGGCCCCUGCCUGGUGGGGCUCUCAUUGCCAAUCUUGAAUGUGCAGGAACUUUGUCUGUCGUUUAAACAGCAAAGUUCACUUUUUAAAAGUUUUUUUUCUUUUUACACACACUUUGUAUAUUUGUAUGAAAACAAGAAAAGGGAAAAAAUAUAUUGGACCUAGAGCAAAACAGGCCCAACAAUUCAAUGACAUGUUCAUUGCUGAUAAAGCUGGGAUGUUCCAGGUUUGAGCAGCCUUAGAAGUACUGUCCUUGUGUCAACUAAAGCCCUUUACAAAAGGAAUAUGGAUGCACAGGUUUGUUCUCUCCAGCGCCCCAUAUCUGGUGGCUGCCUAGAGAUUUUUUUACUGCUUCAGACCAGAGUACAGUUUUCUUUUAGCCACAGGGACCUGUUUCAUAGUCACUGCUGAAACGCAUGAAACAGUUCCAGGUAGUCUGAGGAUGCUUUAGUUGAGUGGACUUGAUGUCGACACCUCAAGCAUGGGUUGUGGACCCAGGGUCCAGAAGCCCUCAUGCCAGUGAGUGUAUGCCGGGGUGACAGAGAAAUACCCAGCAUGGAACAAACUGCUGAUAAAUCUGUUAUUACUUGGAACAGGAGGAGAGUGUAAAUUCCUUGCCUUGUAAUGCUCCUCAGUGGAGAUGCUUCUUCCUGACCUCAGCUGCUAAUCACUUUGACGUAAAACACGAUGCAUAUUAACACUUUCGACUUAAAAGCACAGCCACUAUUCUUAUUUAUAUACGUAAGUGUUGCUGAUGGAGAAAUCUUAAAAGCUAGUUAGUCCAGUCAUGUGCUGUGGCAGUGUUUCAUGUGUUACUUGGCUCCUGAGAAAAAAGAACUAGAAAGGACAAGGACUUUAAUUUCAGAUGCUCAUUUAAAAUCUGUAACUCAUCAGCCUCACCAGCCAGUCUGUCCAGGUGCUAGUGAGUUGGUAGUAGUAGUCUGGCUCUCUGUUGUAGAGGACUAGACACUCACUCCAGUACUGCCUGCUGACAGGGAUGCCAAACUCAUCACAGCAGAGAGGAACGAAGUGGCUCCAAGCAGAAGAAAUGGGCUUCCUUCUCCACGGUGCAAGAGAAAUGUUGCAGGGUCCUCCAGCCCUCUGUCUCCUAUUUCUUCCUCUGCCUGACUCCUUUCCUGAAUAUGGGGCUUUCCACCACCCCUGUGCAGCUCCUACUGGUAUCUCUGACCUGCUGAGUGUGUUCUGGGCCUCUGUCCACAAGCAACCCCCGCAAAGGAGCUCAGGGACUUUCUCCUCGUUAGGAUUCUCUUCUUACUUGUCCACAACGCAUUUCCUUCCUUAGAUCAUUUCAGAAAGGCAAAAGAGGGGGGAAUCCCUCAGACUAGUCCUGUACCAGCCGCACCUUGUCCAGUGCAGUUCCUCUCCAGGGAAAAGAAACACCACCAGCUUAGACCUGUCUAGUAACUGAGCUUUCCUGUGACUUUCUUCACCAGCAUGUCUGUUGGCUUUUCACAUCAGGUGGAUUGUAGUAACCUGCUGGGAUCUCAACCAAAAGGCCACUCGAGCGACUAAAUGUUAUUUUGCACAGGAUGCUGCCUGUGCUGCCCUUCCCUGACCUGGAAAAGCACUGGAACCUCCAGCCGCCCGCUGUUGUUGUAGGAACAAUUGAACUGUUACCAGAGUCUUUCAGAAAGCUUCAUAUUUAAUGCAAAGACAUAAUUAGAUUUGCUUCCAUAAUUCCACCUUUCCUUUGCAUGGAAGGGGUUAUAUGCAUUCCCAGAUGAUCUCUUAAGUGCAGCUCUGUGUAGUUCUUUUUUUAUGUUUUUCCCAUUAACUUGUUUUUGGGUUUUUUUGGUAAGAAUGCUUUUUUUCCAUGUGUAUUUUAUUGUAACUAGCAUCAGUUUUUCUAAUUUUUUUUAUGGAGAGACACUGUUGGGUGAUUAUUGUGGCUAUGUUGUUUGGUUAUAGCCUUUGAAUGUCUGUGCCAUGGGGCAGCACAUCUGCCUUGGUCUGAUCGUAAGGAAAGACCUUUUAUUAAAAUAUGUGAACAUUUCUUUUUUAGAAACAAAACAAGGAAGAAAAAAAGAAAAAAGGAGAGAGGAGUAAAAAACCCAAUGAAGAUAAAAUUUACUAAAACAUUUUUGUAACUAACUUAAAUCAUAGGAAAUAAACUCUUGAAUCAGGUCUAUAAUAUUUAUAAGAACCAGAGCUCAUCAGCCUCUUUGGCUAUUGGUUUGUAACACUUUUUUUUUGUUUUGUUUUUUGUUAGCGUUGCGGUUUAUCUGCUCUCCUGCCUCUCUGGGGGGUUGUUCAUGAGGACGCUGUCUUUAGACAACCCUUUUUUGCCAGAACUGUCUAGCACCUGGCCGCAGGUUUCCAUCUGAUUCCCGUGGGUGUUCUUCACCUUGUCCCUCCUCCUCCUAGCAUGAAACUUGUCCACCGAUCUGUCACUUGGUCUCAAUGUGACUUUUGAGAGUGGUGCAGCUCUAUCGGAUCAUAAGGGGGGGACAAAUAUUAUUCCCCAAUUUCCAUGGGGGCAUAUUGCUUAGCCAGGGAGGUACAAGGAAAAUUCCUAAGCCAGAAAAAGCUUGUUUUUUUUUUCCCUUUCAUCUAAAACACAGUUUCUCUCUUUUAAAGCUUAUACUGAAGGACCAAAGAAUUCAGAACUUCCCUUAUUGUGGCCCUUAAAUUUUAACUCUCCUUUGCCACACCGCACUCCUGGCAGAACAGGCCCAAGGAAUUGGCACUAGCGCUGGGCUGGUGCGUCCCCUUUCCUUGCCUCCAUCCAAGGUAGCCCAGCACUCUCUUUGCACAAACACGUAGCCUGUUUCGCUCUUUCCUCUGGUUCUUUAAGAAACACUUCUUUAAUUUAGGUUUCUAUGAACUUUUGUUUGCUGCUUAAAAAAAAAAAUAGUAUCCGAAAUGUGAAUUUUUUUCUUAGGCAUCAGAUGGAAAGGAGAACUCGAUCUUUGCGUCUUUUGUGAAUCUUUUGGGGGCCACUUACGUGACAGAAUUUCUUACUCGAGUGAGAUGAGAGCCAAGGGAAAAGAAAAUUUCUGACCACCUCCAGCAGUCGCUACUGCCUGCCUGAGGCCGGAAGGGUUGAGGGCGACUGCAGCGCUGCUUCCGAGGCUGAGGAGUCGGGUCAGCUUGUGCGGGGUGUAAAAAGGGUCUUGUUAAAUCUGGUGCUAAUAUGUACAUCCCCUCUAAUGUACUGUCAAGCUUCCUUCCGAAGCAGGAAACUCCCUUUUAUGGGACAUGAAGUAAUACACCAGAACUAAGGGGACGUUUUUGGCUGAGUCGCACUUCAAAACUAAGUUUUUCUUCACGAGACGUUUGAGUGAACCCAGUGCGUCUGGGUUCUGUCCGUUCCUGCCCUGUUGCAUAGACACCCACCUCGAUAAUGGUGUUUUCCUCCCCAGAUUUUGGGGAGCUUUGGGAGUGUUGACCUCUAUGACUAACUGUGCAGCUUGGAGGUUCCUGAGCUGAGAUUUGGGAGAAGGGAGUCUUAAUUGCGUUGUGAAACCACACUAUUCUUAAAAGUCAAUAAACUCGUACUUUAUUAUGGAAAAAAAAUAUGCAAGCAGGUGGCUUAAGGCAAUGAUAUCCUAGGUAGCUAGAUAUCAAAGAGCAAGGAUAUAGCUGUAGAGAAUAGCCAGGAAAGAAUUUUGGUAUGUUUGGCAUUUGCAUCGCCUUGGGAUACCAGGACCACUUUUAGCUCAUCUCCGGACUUAGGGGCCGCAGCCAAAGGCCAGCUGCGGCAGAGAUGCACGUGGCACAGGAGGGACCAGGGGAAGUCUCGGAGCUGGAGCACAUUUCCCUUGAACCAGCCCCCCCGAAGGGGCUCGCUGCAGCCGUUCCCGUGUUGAAGGGUUUUAUACUUUUGUACAUCUCUGAAGCUGAACCUGAGCCACGAGCAAGGCUUGUACGGCUGAGACAAUGAAGAGAUUUCCUUACCGUGUGAGGAAGCCUUGGGUGCUGAGUGGACUCAGUAAUUUGUUGCUGGUCCACCAGCCUCCGUAUCUCCUUUUCCUCCUUCUCCCCCAUCUGGGAAGGAAGAAUAUUACCAGUGUUUUCCUCCAGAAUUAUAAUAAUCCUUGGAGUGAUAGCCAACAGAAAAAUAGAUGUUACUGAUGAAAAAAAAGAAAGUAUUUUAAAAGUGAAGUAUUCCCGCAGUCUAGUGACUGCGUUGGAGAGAUUUCUGGGGCUUCCCCACUCUGUAGCUUCCAAUGUUAAAACAAAAUAAAUACAGUAUACGUUAAAAAAAUAAUAAUACACACUGCAGUAUUUCUGGGGGCAAUUCUCGCCCGGUCCCUUCCCUGCUUUCCCCGGCAGAAAGGGCACUGGGCAGAAGAGCCCCUGGUCGGUGUAGAAGUUGGCAGAAUGGUAAUCGGUGGUGUGUAAAAUGUGUUGUUGAUUCCAUGUAUAGAACUGUGAUUUCAGCUGUCGUUCUCUCUCGUAUUCUGUAAAUAUGUGUUUUGGCUGUCGGAAACCUGGUUUAGACUCUUUUCUUGGCAGAGUGAAUUUGCAUGUGGGGCUGAAAAGAACUCAAUCUGUGUCACAAUUUCCAAGGGCAGGAUGGAUUUUUUUUAGAGGACAAUAAAUUUUUAUUUUUUUGCUAAGAAAAAGAAAACAAAAAAUAAAGCGGUGUGUGUGCGUGCGUGCCCGG